UUCUGAUAACGGCAGAUCAGGACAUGUCGUUACAUCAUAGUCUAUUACUGACUUUUUGCAGGGCAGAUUCUACAUUUUUGAACGGAAAUGGAAUUAUGGCGGUACCGGAUGUCAAUGAGAAUUACAGUGGUGCAAUUGCAAGUGACAAUGAACAAGAAAGAGCAGAAGCAGAGCAAGCGAAAACAGACCGCGUUUCGCUAUGGGAUAUUGUACUAGACCCGGAUAGUGCUGUUGCUUAUUACUGGAUGGCUUUAGUAACCUUGGCUGUGCUGUACAAUCUAGCAAUUAUCAUCUUACGGCUCACCUUCUCAGACAUGGCAGCUCAUUGGGCGUCCAUGUUUCUUCUCUUUGACACCAUCUGUGACGUCAUCUACCUCUUCGACAUCAUCAUACAGUUCAGAGUGGCCUAUUACGACGACGGGUGCCUGGAAGUGGAUCCUAAGAAGCUCGCUAUAAAUUACAGAAGUCAAAGCAGAUUUGUAGCAGAUGUAAUAUCCAUACUUCCACUACAAUACACGACAAGCUUCUUAUUAGGUCUUCUUGGUUAUGUUUUUAUCCAUGUUGAGUUCAUUUACGUCAGCACUUUAUAUAUUCCUUUGUUACGUUUACCUCGACUCAUCAAAACAUACAUUGUUGUCAAAUUUUUCGAAGUAACUGAUAGUCGAACAAGUACCCCAAAUCGAAUACGAGCAAUAAAACUCUCGCUGUAUCUCUGGCUGGUCAUACAUUGGAUUGGCUGUGUUUACUACAUGUUAUCAGAGUUUGAAGGUAGAGGAAGCAAUGAAUGGGUCUACCCUAGUGGAGAGGAAUUCGAUUCCUUCAUCAGGAAAUAUAUCCGGUGCCUGUACUGGUCGAUGUUAAUCUUAACCACUAUAGGAGAACGCCCCUCCCCUUGCACUGAUCUGGAGUACGUAUUUACGGGGAUGACCUUCGUGAUUGGAGUUUUUGUAUUUGCUGCUGUAGUUGGCAACGUUGGUGACGUCAUCAGCAACAUGAAUGCAUCAAGACAGGACUACCAGGCAAGGAUGGAUCAGAUAAAAUUCUACAUGAACCAUCGACACGUUCCCGAAUCUCUGCAAAACCGUGUGAAGCGAUGGGCAGAAUAUUCCUGGACUCGUACACAAGCCAUAGAUGAACCACACCUGCUGCAGCUUCUACCCGAGAGACUGAGGACAGAAAUAGCCAUACAAGUCCAUCUCAAAACACUGAAAAAGGUGAAGUUGUUUGAAGAGUGUGAGGAGGGAUUGUUACGUGAACUUGUCCUGAAGCUGAAGCCGCAGACUUUCUCCCCCAGGGACUACAUCUGUCGCAAAGGCGAAAUAGGAAAAGAAAUGUUUAUCAUAAACCACGGACAAGUAGAAAUUUUAGUGCCCGGGCCUGAAGAUGGAAAGAAAAUCGUCGUGUCCAAAUUAGUAACUGGAAAUUAUUUCGGGGAGAUCAGCCUGCUGAAGCUAGAUGAGGGUCACAAUAGGAGAACGGCGGACGUGCGUUCGGUAGGAUAUUCCGAAUUGUUGUGCUUAUCUAGGAAAGACCUUACUGCAGCAUUAGCAGAGUAUCCUGAUGCGAAAAGAAUUCUGGAGAAAAGUGCUCGAGAAAGAAUGCUGAAAACUAAAACAGUAACGAAAAUCAAGGACUGCAUUGAAGAAGAAUCAAAGCGGCCCAUCAGAAAGGAUAAAAGCAGAAAAAGGAGGGACUUCUAUGAUGUUGUCAAAACCCCAGAGUUCAAAAGUUUGGCAACAAAACAAGUUCCUGAAAUGGACGAUUUGCGGAAAGUAGUUGCAGAUUUGAAAAACCUUGGAGAUAAGAUUUCGAAGCUACAAGCUGAAAAGGAUCGUGAUAAGAUAAUAAGAUCACUUAAAAGAAAACUUCAACAAACUGAGAGAGAGCUACAAGAAGCAUAUGACAAAAUCACCUGCUUGGAACUGGCCCUAAAUCCUCAUCAGCAAAAGAACUGUCCUUGUGAUGACGAGUUCUGCAUCUCACCUACAAAUCAAAAUCCAAAUAUGCGUUUGGAAUCUCGCAAACACAGAGUUAACACUUGUUCUCUAGAAACAUUACCAACUCAGGACUACAGGGAACCGAUUGCUCGGUUACCAAUAUCUUGUUAUAACUCGACAGGGAUUCAGACCCUCCCUGCAAGCUACAGGGUACCACAUAUAAGUAGGGAACUUCCUAAUUUGUCUUUAUUUCAAUUGAGACCAAGAAAAGGCACCUCUGAAUCUCGUCAGCAAAAUGGGUCAAAGGAAUCCCAUGAUCCCUCUGUUGCAGAGGGAUCUAGAGACGUGUCUGACCAGAUCAGGACCAGUAGCGGAUAUUCUAGUGACACAGAAACAAUGGCACUGCUUCUUCACACCAGCAGAAACACAAGACUGGAGUCAUCUAGUGACCAAAGUGAAAACAUUCCAAUUAGUACUUCGAAUUUUGAAAGUGAUAGCACUAGUAGUGACAGCACAGACGACAAGCAAUCUUUUUUCUCUCGGGAUUUAAAUGGAAUUGCUUCCUUGAGACAGAUUGAACACAAGGCACCGAAAGCUGGCAAAACUGUAGAAAAAAUAAAUUAUCUUAAUUCAAGUAAUAAGAGAAAGUCUAUUACCGUAAGAAUGAGAGAGACACCAGUUUGA